UUUGCAUUAUGCCUUGAUCUUCUCUUCUGCUCUGCGAAAAGAAGCUCAUUUCAAAUUUCUCCGAUGGGUGGUUCUGGAAAGUGGUUGAAAUUACUCAUCUCUUCAAAAAAGCCCUCUCCAAAUGAUCGAGAAAAGACUGAUGCUGAUAAGAGCAAGAAGAAAUGGAGGCUAUGGAGGAAUUCUUCUGAGGGGAUGGGCCCAUCCACGAAAAGCAAGACGAAGAAGAGAAACGGGGUCGUAUCAGACAAGUCGGGCCCUCUGUCGAAUGAUGCAUUUACUGCUGCCAUGGCUGCUGUGGUCCGAGCUCCGCCCAAAGGUUUCUUGUUGAUCAAGCAGGAAUGGGCUGCCAUUCGCAUUCAGGCCCUGUUUCGAGGAUUCUUGGCAAGACGAGCUUUGAGGGCCUUGAGGGCAGUGGUGAGGAUUCAAGCAAUAUUUCGUGGGAGGCAAGUGAGGAAGCAAGCAGCAGUAACUCUGAGGUGCAUGCAGGCUCUUGUCAGAGUUCAGGCUCGUGUGAAAGCAAGGAGUGUGAGUUUGUCUCCAGACAGGAAACACACUCAAGCAAAUUCUCUUGAGCAGGCUGAGAAAGGAUGGUGCGACACUCCAGGAAGUGUGGAUGAAGUCAAAGCAAAGCUACAAAUGAGACAAGAAGCAGCCAUCAAAAGGGAGAGAGCAAUGGCAUACUCUCUUUCUACACAGCAAUCAAGAGCGAGUGCCAGUCCAAACUCGAGAAUCUCAAGGCCAAUGUCUCCGCUGAAGCAUGAUAAUCUAGACACUAGGAGCUUGUUAGAGCGGUGGAUGGCAGCCAAGCCAUGGGAAAACAGGUUGAAGUCAGAGAGAUACUUUGAUUCGCCGGAUAGGACUCCAUUAUCAAGGAAAAAUGAUAACUUUGUUCUCCCCAGAGCAAGAAAGAAUGCUGUGACAACCAGGGUUUCACUAAAACCUCCCAUGACCAGCCUAUCAGCUCCAUCAUCAUUAUCAUCAUCUUCUGCUAUAAGUUCUGAGUGUAUGUAUGAUGAUAGCCCUCUUUCAGCUUCGUGCACAUCCCCUGAGGAAAAGAGUGUUCCUAAACCGAGCUUCAUGAAUUUCACGGAGUCAACCAAGGCUAAACAGAGAGCUUGCAAGUGUUCCUCCCUGAAUGGAGAUGCUAGAAGCACUUCUGGUUCUGAACCUUCCAUUAAUUUUUGGAGAGACUGUUAUGCGACACCUCAGAGGGCAAGUUAUCAGAGGAGAUACUCCAGGAGAUGAAAGGUUUCCAUGGGGAAAAACUUAGGUCAAAAUUUUUUUGAAGGUUUUGUUGUCAAGUUUUUCAAAGAAAAACAUAACAAGUGAAAGUCGUUUACAGCUCAACACAAUAUGAUUGAAACUUCUUUUUUUUUUUUUUUUAAAGAGAAAAUCCUUUCACAUGGUAUGUUCUUAUUGGAGAACUUGGUUACAAUCACCUAAAAAGACUUUACCUAAGUCUUGUCUCCUCAACCAGGGGAGAGUUAGUCUGAUGUGUCUAUUUAUAAUUACUCCAACAGCUUGUUGUCCAUUGUCACAUUGACAUAGUGAGAUGAAUGAGUGUACAAGUUUGCAGAUAGGGGCUGAUUUUAAUACUUUAGUGUAGAGAUAUAUCAAAAGUGGGUUUUGCAUCAUAUAUCACAUUACUUCCUUUUUGGUGUUUUCUUUCAUUUCAUUAAUGGAUAUACACAUGUUUGCCCUAUUCA